AAAGUUUUGCGUCAUGGAGAAACUACGAGUCAUUUGACAUCCUUCCUAGUUCCUCGUAUGCAAAUGAUCCAUCGCUUCAUAUUUUCACUUACACUGACUGGAUUCACUCAUUCAGCCAUGAGACUGACCAGCACUGCUUUGCUCUUCCUCCUCCUCAUCCUCAGCUGUAAUUCACUGGCGCUCAAACCACAGCUCUUAGGCAGACACACAGUCCAAACCUACCCUCAUCACACAUCUGUCUCAUACAAAACUUUCUAUUUUGAUCAACAGAUUGACCAUUUUGGUUUUUUGGAGAAUGGCACAUUCAAACAGAGGUACCUUCUUAAUGACCAGCACUGGCACAAGGAAGGAGGUCCAAUCCUGUUUUACACGGGCAAUGAAGGAGACAUUUCAUGGUUCUGUAACAACACUGGUUUCAUGUGGGAUGUAGCAGAAGAGCUGGGAGCCAUGCUGGUUUUUGCUGAACAUCGCUACUAUGGAGAGUCUAUGCCGUUCGGCGAGGAAUCUUACAGCAAUGCAAAGUAUCUGAACUACCUGACCUCAGAACAGGCUUUAGCUGACUUUGCAGUGCUCAUCAAAGCUCUGAAAACAACCCUGCCUGGAGCUCAGAAGAGUUCAGUCAUCGCCAUUGGCGGCUCCUACGGUGGGAUGCUGGCGGCCUGGCUGAGGAUGAAAUAUCCCAGUGCAGUUGUAGGUGCUCUUGCCGCGUCUGCUCCCAUCUGGCAGUUCAUUGUGCCUUGUGGAGAGUUUUACAAAGUGGUCACCCAUGAUUUCACCAUCAGUGGUACCAACUGUAGCAGCAACAUCAGGAGGUCAUGGGCGGCUAUUGACAGGGUCUCAGCAUCAGGUGAGGGUCUGCAGUGGCUGUCUCAGGAGUUUGGACUGUGUAGUUCUUUAAAGACUCCAGACGAAGUGUACGGCUUCAAGGCUUGGCUGCAGGAAACCUGGGUGAACUUAGCCAUGGUGGAUUAUCCAUAUGAAGCCAACUUCCUCCAACCACUUCCAGCCUGGCCUGUUAAGGUGGUGUGCAAAAAUCUUCAUUUUGAUACCGGUGUAUCAGACAAACAGCUGUUGAAUGGUAUCUCUCAUGCCGUAAAAGUGUACUACAAUUACACGGGAGAUGCAGUCUGUCUCAACACCUCACAAACCGCUACUGGGAAUCUGGGCUUGCUUGGUUGGUACUACCAGAGCUGCACAGAGAUGGUAAUGCCAAUGUGUACAGACGGCAUCAUUGACAUGUUUGAGCCACAGCCAUGGAACUUCCAGGCCUUCUCAGAUGAGUGCUACAAUCAGUUUGGAGUGCGGCCACGGGAAGACUGGGCAGAAAUUGUAUACGGUGGGAGAAACAUAAGUGCUCACAAAAAUAUCAUCUUCAGUAAUGGAAAUCUUGAUCCAUGGAUGAGCGGUGGAGUGACCACGAGUCUUUCAGAAUCUCUGGUUGCCAUUAUGAUCGAUGGAGGUGCUCACCACCUUGAUCUGCGCUACAGCAACAAGUUUGACCCAGAGUCAGUUAUCAAAACACGGGCGUUAGAAGUAUGCUACUUCAAGAAGUGGCUCAAUCAGGUAGCAACUACACAAUGAUAUGGAAUCAAGAUCAUUGGAAAUUUUAAGAAACAAGAAACACAAAAUGAACCAUUACUAUUUGCUAUGUGCCAAAGUUAGGGGUUCUUAAACUUGGUACUUAAUUGGAAAAAAAUACAGUUUUUAUUAAAAGUUCUUUUUGGGGACAAUAAUGUUCCUUGUUUUUUUUUGUUUUUGUUUUUUUGUGUGUGUGUGUGCAUGUUUAUGUGGUU